AUGGUUCUUAUCAAGAGUUUCGUGCUGAGCGCCCUUGCUGCCACCGUCGCAGCCAAAUCCGCCGUCAUCGAAUUACUUCCCUCCAAUUUCGACGAUAUCGUUCUCAAGUCCGGCAAACCUACCCUCGUCGAGUUCUUUGCUCCGUGGUGUGGACACUGCAAGACGCUUGCUCCUGUCUGGGAGGAUCUAGCCAAUACCUACGAGUACGCAAAGGACAAGGUCCAAAUCGCCAAAGUCGACGCUGACGCUCAGCGUGAGCUCGGUAAGCGAUUUGGUAUCCAGGGUUUCCCUACCCUUAAGUACUUCGAUGGCAAGAGCAACAAACCUGAGGAUUACAAGUCUGGCCGCGACCUUGAGAGCCUGACCAAUUUCAUCGUUGAAAAGACUGGUGUGAAACCCAAGAAGAAGCUUGAGCUGCCCAGCGAGGUUACCUAUCUCAACGAUGCGACAUUUCCCAAAGCCAUUGGUGGCGACAAGCAUGUUCUCGUCGCCUUUACCGCUCCGUGGUGUGGACACUGCAAGAGCCUUGCCCCUACCUGGGAAGACCUCGCCAACACAUUCGUAAACGAGAAGAAUGUCCUGAUCGCCAAGGUUGAUGCCGAAGCUCCCAACAGCAAGGCAGUGGCUGAGGAGCAAGGUGUUAAGUCGUACCCAACCAUUAAGUGGUUCCCUGCUGGCAGCAAGAAGGCUGUAGCCUACGAAAGUGGACGCAGUGAGCAGGCCUUUGUUGAUUGGAUCAAUGAGCAUGCCGGAACCCACCGAGUCACCGGCGGUGGCCUUGAUACCGUUGCUGGUACCGUUGAGUCUCUUGACACGCUCGUGGCCAAGAUCACGGGCGGUGCUGCUAUCGCUGACGUCGCCGAGGAGGUCAAGAAGGAGGUCGAGAACCUCACCGAUUCUGCUCAGAAAACCUACGCCGAGUACUACGUGCGUGUCUUUGACAAGCUGAGCUCGAACAAUGACUGGGUGUCGAAGGAGCUCGCUCGUUUGGACGGCAUCCUUACUAAGGGUGGACUGGCCCCCGCCAAGCGUGACCAGAUUCAGCAGAAGACCAACGUUCUUCGCAAGUUUACCCAGAAGGUCGAGGAGAAGGUCGAAGAGAUCAAGGAUGAACUGUAA